AAAAAAAAAAAAAGCCAUGGGUCAGGAGCCAGAACCCUCUGCUCUAGUCUUAGCUGUGCCAGCGUGACUCCCUGUGUGAUUUGGGGGGUAAAUUACUGCCCCUCACUGGGUCUCUGUCUACACACCUGCAAAAUGAGAGGGUCUUUGGAUGAGUCUCCUUAAUUCAUUUCCUAGACAAGCUUCCUCCAAGGCUUCCCCAGAUUCACCAGCGAUGCCCCUCCCUAAGUAUCAACUUGGCUGUACUUUGAACUCUGGCCCCUCAGGUUUCAAGGGUUUGUCUGGGAUCAAACAGGCCUUGUCUGGGAUCAGUUCUGUCUGGGGAAAGAAGCUGCACCAGCCUUUGGAUAGCAGGCUGAGUCAUUUGUUUCUUGUGCCUUGAGUCAGUUCUCUCAUCGGCUCUCCUCCUAGUCCAGUGUUAUUACCUCCAGUAAAGAUCGAAAAGUUGGGGUUCAGAGAGGGCUAGAGACAGACAGCCUGCUCUGUCCUGUCUUUUCUCCUGUGCUGGAUUUUAAAAAUCCAAAUAUAUUUCAUGGUACAGUGGAAGAACUGGUCAGAGAGUCUGGAAGUUUGGGUUCUGGUCCCGGCUGUGCCACUGACCCACUGUGACCUUAGGAUCUUGUGCUGUGAAGACAUUUCCCAAGUGCUUCAUGUUAGCCAGCAAAUCUGACCCACAAGGCCUGGAAAGAGGUGAUUGUUAGGUUGUGCAGAGGUGGUCUUAUCCAGCUCAGCGUCCCCUGGGACCCACUGUAGGACCUGAGGCAGAACUGGGGUGGACUUGGCCUCCUCCAUGGCACACCGGCUGCAGAUACGACUGCUGACAUGGGAUGUGAAGGACACGCUGCUCAAGCUCCGCCACCCCUUAGGGGAGGAGUAUGCCACCAAGGCCCGGGCCUAUGGGCUGGAGGUGGAGCCCUCAGCCCUGGAACAAGGCUUCAGACAGGCGUACAGGGUCCAGAGCCACAACUUCCCCAACUACGGCCUGAGCCAUGGCCUCACCUCCCGCCAGUGGUGGCUGGACGUGGUCCUGCAGACCUUCCACCUGGCAGGUGUCCAGGAUGCUCAGGCUGUAGCCCCCAUCGCUGAACAGCUGUAUGAGGACUUCAGCCGCCCCUGCACCUGGCAGGUGUUGGAUGGGGCUGAGGACACCCUGAGGGAGUGCCGCUCACGGGGUCUAAGGUUGGCAGUGAUCUCCAACUUUGACCAACGGCUAGAGGGCAUCCUGGGGGGCCUUGGCCUGCGUGAACACUUCGACUUUGUGCUGACCUCUGAGGCUGCUGGCUGGCCCAAGCCAGACCCCCGCAUUUUCCAGGAGGCCUUGCGGCUUGCUCAUAUGGAACCGGUAGUGACAGCCCAUGUUGGGGAUAAUUACCUCUGCGAUUACCAGGGGCCUCGGGCUGUGGGCAUGCACAGCUUCCUGGUGGCUGACCCACAGGCACUGGAUCCCGUAGUCAGGGAUUCUGUACCUAAAGAACACAUCCUCCCCUCUCUGGCCCAUCUCCUGCCUGCCCUUGACUGCCUAAAGGGCUCCACCCCAGGGCUUUGAGGCCGGUGAGGGAAGUGGCUGGGCCCUAGGCCGUGGAGAAAACCCUAAACAAAGCUUGGAGACAGGGAGCCUCUUUCUCUACAGCUCUGGACUUUUCCCCCUCUGCCUGCAGCCUUUGUCACCUAUUCUGAUAAUAAAGCAGUGAGUGCUGAGCUCUCAGCCUUGCCCCACUAACCA